AUAACGUGUAUACAUUGCUCGACGAUCAUCACAGAAUACAUUUAUUCAAGAUGCAUUUCAGUUUGGUGUUUAUGUUAGUAGCGCUGAUGUUUGUGAUUGCAGAAGGAGACGAGCAUUCUGCACGUGACUGUGAGAAUGUGUGUGGCGGUGUGUGCCGUGAUGAAUGUGAAGAAGGCCAGACACGAAGACCAUGGUGCAAGAGAAGCUGUCCAGGAGAGCAACACUGCUGCACAAAUGCACGAAACUGUCGCGAUAUUUGUGGUGGACAAUGCCAGGAUCAUUGCAAUACAGACCAGGUAGCGAAACCAUGGUGCAAAAGAAGCUGUGAAGGAGCCCAGGUGUGCUGUGCACCAGCAUAAAUCUGGUCAAUUUCAUUGGACAAUCCUAGAAAAGAUUUCCCUACAGCUUACUAUGCAUCCUAGGUAACCAAUAAUGCACCUCUAGUAAUAAAGCAGUUGACAACUAA